AUGGGCGCCCUGCAGGAACGCUUCGAGGAGUUUCUGAACCGGCCGGGCUUGCUGGGUGAUUUCCUGAGCAACCUGGAAGCCAAGAGCGGCGUUAAGCGUUAUUACCUGGCCACAGGCUGCGCAUGUGUGCGGCAAGGGAUUCUCGGCCAGGACGUUCACAAUACCUGUCGCAAACAGGAGCCAGGUUCCAUCGCUUUCCUGGGGCUCUACCUGAUGUUUGGAUAUGGGGCUUCGCUCCUCUGCAAUCUCAUCGGCUUUGUCUAUCCAGCUUAUGCUUCCAUCAAAGCCAUCGAGAGUUCCUCCAAGGAUGACGAUACGACGUGGCUGACCUACUGGGUGGUGUACGGCCUCUUCAGCGUGGCCGAAUUCUUCUCCGACACCUCCUUGUACUGGUUCCCGUUCUACUACGCUGGCAAGUGUGUCUUCCUGCUCUGGUGCAUGGCUCCCGUUUCGUGGAACGGCUCCCAGGUUCUCUACUGCAGUUUCAUCCGCCCGUGGUUCCUGAGGCACCACCAGACCGUGGACAGCGUCCUGAGCGACCUCAGCGGCAGGGCCCUCGACGCGGCCUCUGCAGCUUCCGGGGAAGUAUCCCAAGAAGUCACGAAAUGAGCCUUCAGAAACGAAGACCCACCUGGCGACUUUUUAAAAAAAAGAAAACAAGCCACCCGAAAUAAAAGACUGAGGUUCUAGAUUUCUCCCACCACAAGCUACAGAAAGAGGCUCGCUUGUACAUCGGUGAAUGAAUGCAUCUUCUGGUAGAUCGGUGAAUGAACGCAUCUCUUUUUUCUGUCUCUGGGGUCUCCUUUCCCACCCCCUCCCCAGCCCUGCCUGAUGUGCUGGUAGUGCAACUGCUUUGGGGAAGUGUCUGCCCUGUUAUCUCCCCCCCCAAAAGAAAAAGCGUGCAUUGCUUGCUCACUGCAAAAUGACUUUGUGUAAUUCCCCCAAAUUCCAGCAGAGGGCGCCACUGCUUUUAGGGUCUCUGAGGAAUGUGUGGAGCGAACCAUUUAAC